AUGGCAGCCGUAGCAGCAUCCGUCAUCCCGGCGCUUGACCAGCGUCCGGUCAAGAACACCAUCUGCCUCUUCGAUGUCGAUGGCACCCUUACCCCUGCCCGUAGAGUGUGUCUUUGUCUUCGCGAACAUAUGAGAAGGAAGGAGACUGACAGAUAUACANNGACGGUCUCUCCCGAGAUGCUCGCUCUCCUGUCGCAGCUCCGUCACAAGGUCGCCAUUGGCUUCGUCGGUGGCAGCGAUCUCGUCAAGCAACAAGAACAGCUCGGCACUGCUUCCGUCCCUGUCACCAGCCUCUUCGACUUCUGUUUCGCCGAGAACGGUCUGACCGCAUACCGCAUGGGCGUCCCGCUCGCAUCGUCAUCCUUCAUCAAGUGGAUCGGCGAGGAGCCUUACCAGAAGCUCGUCAAGUUCAUCCUCCACUACAUCGCCGACCUCGAGAUCCCCAAGAAGCGUGGUACCUUCAUCGAGUUCCGCAACGGCAUGAUCAACGUCAGCCCCAUCGGUCGUAACGCCAGCAUCGAGGAGCGCAACGAGUACGAGAAGUACGAUCUCGAGCACGGCAUUCGCAAGAAGUUCGUCGAGGACAUCAAGGCCGCUUUCCCCGACCUUGGCUUGACAGGCUGGGACAAGACAUACUGCUUGCAGCACGUUGAGGCCGAGAAGCAGUAUGGCAACGAGUACACCACCAUCCACUUCUUCGGUGACAAGACAUACAAGGGCGGUAACGACUACGAGAUCUACGAGGACCCUCGCACCAUCGGCCACAGCGUCAAGACGCCCGAAGACACUGCUGCCGAGCUCAAGAAGCUGUUUGACCUUUGA